AUGCUAGGAGCUCCAGCUACCAAUGCUGCAAAGAAAGUGAGGGUGAGUAAAACCGUCCUUGAAUGUUUGAAGUGAGUCCUUUUUUUUUGCGUAUUUUUGUUUCCAUUAAAUUCUAUCUUUUUGGGCCUUUUUUUUUGUCGGUCUUGAAAUUAUUUUCAGCUGUAUUUUGGGUUCCUUUGCUUUUAGUUAACUGUUAAAAUACCUGAGGAGAAGCAAGAAUGUAUUAUCUGUCUACUCAGCUUGCAGGAGUGUUGUGAAGUUGUCUCCAAUCGACGGGUUCAAUCAGGGAAUGGUUAGUACUGCAAUGAUCUUGAACAAUGUAUUGUUACUUUUUAUUUAUGGGCUAAAAUUUUCCCGUAACAUCAUGGUUCCAAAGAAUACACUGUAGGAUAUUCCUUCGCUUUUGUAAAAAAAAAUAAUAAAGCUUCUUUACUGUUAUAUAUAUAGAUAUAUUAUAUAUGUUCCUCAUUUCAUUUUUGAAAAGCGCGCUACGUUUACAAUGAUUAUCACUUACAACUUGCUCAUGCCCUUUCGACCAAGGUUAGGUAAUACCAUAUCCUGUUUCCGGCCAAACCUAAACUUUAUAGACAAUUCCAUCAGCAGUUUUUAUCAAAAAAAAAAUUCACUGUGUACAGCAAUUCCAUAGUAUUUGGCGCUUGAAGUAGUGAAAAUUUCUUGCAGAUUUCUGUUUCUGUAUACGACCUCGUAUUCAUUUGAGAAUAUUACUAACCCUCUUCUCUGUUCGUCAAUUACCUUUCUUUCCAGGGCAAAAAUGCUUCACUGUGCCAAGAGAUGAUGAUACGUCUGCCCCGCCUACACCAGUUCGCAUCUUCCUGGCAAGAUACAAAGUCGUGUCUCCGGCAGAUGUACAGCAGCCGGUUGUAUCGGAUGAUGUAGUAGAGGGAGAUAAGAACAUUUCAGUUUCGACCUGUGAUUUUUGUCUAAGAAGCUCCUGCAUAAUGCAGUCGGGAAUUCAAACCGAUAGGUCGUGGUGA